AUCAUGCUGUCGGCUGAGGACAAACUCAUCUCCUGGCUGUUUACCGGCUUGCUGGCGAUCCCCAGCAUCUUUUUCAACAUGUACCUGCUGCUGGUGAACCACAGAAUUUACAGGAAGAAUCACAAGCUGAACCCCGCCGACUUCAUUAUCACCGCCUUCGCCACAGCCAGCAUCAUCCAGCAGAUCAUCAGCUACUUAUGGCAGUCCAUGGAUGUGAUAGACCUUGUGUGCAAACUUAACAUGGUAGCGGCUGUCCUGCUGGUGAUUGUCUUCAGCUUGAAGCUCGUCGUAAUUUGGACCAUGGCAUUCCUGACCUUCUACUACAGCACUAAACUGGUGGUGCAACCCGUUCACUGCUACACACGCAUCCAGGAAGCCAUCAUCAAGCAUGUUCACAUCGUCUCAACAGUUAUUGUUGUAAGUGGCUUUGCCAAUUGUGUUCCUUUGCUGACUGUUUUGACCUACAACAAUGGCACCUCUGACUUAAACGACUGUGGUUCCCUCAUGCCUGACAAUAACAGUGGCCUUGCCUACAUCUUCUACUACGUUGUCAUCUCGGACAUCGUUCCCGGCAUCGUGAUGCUCAAAUGCUGCAUUUCGAUAUCAUACCACCUGGCCAAACAUCUUCAUGACAUGAAGGCCAGCAGCAAUGGCAGCCAUGGGCCUAAGCUGGGCACUCAAAUGCGGGUGAUCAAAAUGACUAUGACCCUGGAGGCCGUGUUCCUUUGUUUUAUGGCCGUGGAUCUCUUCACGCAGUUUACGGUGGUGCUAAGGCGAGAGAACACCAUCACUUUGACCAUUCUCUUCUCUAGCAUCUACACUAUGGUCAGCGCAUUUGUGCUGGCUUACGGGAAGAAAAGCUACUGGAAAGAGCUGAUUGCGUCCUAUAACCUCUUUCUAGAUGAGUACCCCAUUUUGAAUGGUAUGAAAGUUAUAGAGGUCAAAACAGAACCACAUGAAAACAGUCAAGAGCAUUGA